CGAGGAGGCGGAGGCCGGCCCGGAGGACGGCGGGGAGGAGGCGGAGGCCGGGCGGCGGCGCUCCAGCCCCGCGAGCAUGGGGCACCCGGCGCCGAGGCCGCUGCUGCUGGCGCUCCUGUGGCUGGCUGUGUGUCGAGGCCGCGUGGUGAAAGUCCCCGCGGGAGCCCUGGUCCGAGUGGUGGGCACGGAGCUGGUGAUCCCCUGCAAUGUCAGCGACUACGAUGGCCCCAGCGAGCAGAACUUUGACUGGAGCUUCUCACCCCCGGGGGGUGGCUUCGUGGAGCUGGCCAGCACGUGGGAGGUGGGCUUCCCGGCACAGCCCUACCGGGAGCGGCUACAAACUGGCCAGGUCGUGCUGAGGAGGACGGCCAACGACGCCGUGGAGCUGCACAUCAACAAUGUGCAGCCGGCAGACCAAGGCCUCUACAAGUGCUCCACGCCCAGCACGGAUGCCACCGUCCAGGGCAACUAUGAAGACACCGUGCAGGUCAAAGUGCUGGCUGACGCCCUGCGAGUGGGCCCCACCGAGCGGCCCGCGCCCAGCCUGGGCCUGCGGGAGGGGGAGCCCUUGGAGCUGCGGUGCUGGGCCUCGUCGUCCCCGGCCUCGCCGCCCGCAGCCUCCCCGUCCCCCGAGCCCGCCCCGCCGGCACCGCACACGCACCUGGCGCUGCGCUGGGAGCUGCGACGCGGGCCGGAGCGCCGCCCGGUGCUGGCGCUCACGCACCUGGGCCGGCUGCGCGCGGGCCCGGGCUACGAGCAGCGCUACCGCGCAGGCGCCGUGCGCCUGGGCACCGAGGGCACCGACGGCUUCCGCCUGGUGCUCGACCCCGCGCUGGCCGCCGACCAGGGCGCCUACUGGUGCGUGGUGGGCGAGUGGAUCGCCGAGCGCGGCGCCUGGCAGGAGAUCCAGGAGAAGGCAGUGGAGGUGGCAACGGUGGUGAUCCGGCCCACAGUUCUGCGAGCCACUGUGGCUCGGAAUGUGUCGGUGGCUGAAGGGAGGAACCUGGACCUGGCCUGCAACAUCAGCACCGACCGCACGGACGAUGUGCGCCCCGAGGUGGCCUGGUACUUCAGCCGCUUGCCUGACGGCACCCUGCUUGCCUCCCAGCUGUUAGCCCGGCUGGACCGCACCUCCCUGGUGCAUAGCGCCCCCCGCGUAGCCCUGAGUCACACAGACACACGGUCCUACCAUUUACUCGUGCGAGAUGUGAGCAGAGACAGCACCGGCUACUACUUCUGCCAAGUGGCACUCUGGACUCUGGGGCACAACAGGAGCUGGCACAAGGUGGCUGAGGCCAGGUCUGCCCCUGCCAGCGUGGACGUGACCUGGCUAGAGCCAGACUACCAGGUGUUCCUGAAUGCGUCCCGAAUGCCUGGGUUUGCAGACGAGCCCACAGAAAUGGAGUGCCGGGUGGUGGAGGUGAGGAACACGGAGGCCCGAGUCCGCCUGGCAGUGUCCUGGUACUACCGGCUGAGCCGGCGCAGUGACGACAUGGCGGCCAAUGAGCUUCUUGCCGUCAUGGACGGGGACUGGACGCUGCGGUACGGAGAGAGAAGCAGGCGGCGGGCCCAGGACGGAGAGUUCAUUUUCUCUAAGGAGCACAUGGACACGUUUAGUUUCCGGAUCCAAAGGACUACGGAGGGAGACAGGGGCAAUUAUUUCUGCGUUGUGUCUGCCUGGACCCAGCAUCAGAACAAGAGCUGGGUGAAGAGCAAAGAUGUCUUCUCCAAGCCCAUCAGCAUAUUCUGGGCAGCAGAAGAUUCUGUGCUUGUGGUGAAGGCCCGGCAGCCCAAGCCCCUGCUAGCGGCGGGGAGCACGUUUGAGAUGACCUGCAAGGUGUCCUCCCAGAACGUGAGGUCCCCCCGCUACUCCGUGGCCAUCACGGCCGAGAAGGCCAUCGCGGCCGGCCCAGGGCCCAACGACACCAGGUGCAUUGUCUCCCUGGACCAGGACGCCGUGGUGAGGCCGGGCAACUGGACAGACGCCGCGCGGGCACAGGGCGUGGUGCUGGAGAAGGUGCAGGAGGAUGAGUUUCGCUACCGAAUGUACCAAACGCAGGUGUCGGAUGCUGGGCUGUACCGCUGCGUGGUGACCGCCUGGGCGCCGGCCGGGGGCAGCCUGUGGAGGGAGGCGGCCACCGGCCUCUCCAACCCCAUCGAGAUCGACUUCCAGACCUCAGGUCCGGUCUUCAAUGCCUCCGUGCACUCAGACACACCUUCUGUCACCCGGGGCGAGCCCAUCAAGGUCUUCUGCAUCCUGACGGUGGAGGGCACCAUGCUUGAGCCAGAUGACAUGGCCUUCGAUGUGUCCUGGUUUGCUGUGCACUCCUUUGGUCUGGACAAGGAUCCGGUGCUGCUGUCCACUCUGGACCGGAAGGGGAUCGUCACCACUGCCCCGCGCCCUGGGAAGAGCAGCCUGAGCCUGGAGCGCGUGGGCACGCUCGAGUUCCUGUUACAGGUGCAUGGCUCUGAGGACCAGGACUUUGGCAACUACUUUUGUUCCGUGACACCAUGGGUGAAGUCACCAACAGGCUCCUGGCAGAAGGAGACAGAGACUCACUCCAAGCCUGUCUUUAUAACCGUGAAGAUGGAUGUGCUGACCGCCUUCAAGUACCCCCUCCUCAUCGGCGUGGGGCUGUCCACCGUGGUGGGCCUCCUGUCCUGCCUCAUCGGCUACUGCAGCGCCCACUGGUGUUGCAGGAAGGAAGUGCAGGAGACACGGCGGGAGCGUCGCCGACUUAUGUCCAUGGAGAUGGAUUAGAUGCCCAGCUGGAGCCUUCCAGAAUGUUCCAGGGACAGUGGGGUGAGGUGAUGGAGUGAACACCCAGCUCAGCCAUCCAGAAGGUUCCAGGGACAGUGGGGUGAGGACAGAGAUGUUUGGAAACAAAGUGUCACACUAAAGACCAGUCCUCUCUAUCUCAGGUGGGAGCUUGCGCUCUCCUUUCUUCACGUCAAGCUCUGAGCGCGGACAUGUUUACCUUGACACAGCUCUUCCUCCCACGGCACUUUCUGCUCUAGAACAAUCUCAAGUGUGUGCUCUUUCCUGACUGCAGCUUUUUAACAGUUAAACCUUUGUCUAAGUUUUGUUCUCCUCUGACAGAUCUCUGAUGUGUGUGUGUGUGUGUGAGUGUGUGUGUGUGUUGGUGACUUUGGUUGGCAGGGUGGCAGGGAGGAUGUGCACAGUGGCAUGGAGUUCCUCCUGGCCUGCCUGCCAGGGGGCCUGCGUCCACGCUGGGCCUCAGGCAAGGGACUCUGCACUACCACCCUCCACUCUGGCCUUGGGGUGACAUAGGCCCAGGCCCAAGGCUCUUGUGGCUCUCACGACCCUGCCCCAUGCCUUUGUUAUUUUUGGGGGGGUGGGGCGUUGUCUACAUUUGAAAUCUAAAUUUGGAGCAUGCAACUCUCCUGGAGCCCAAAUGCAUUUAUCUUUCUUUUUUCUUUUGGGCCCUUUCCCAACUCUUGUAUCCAUUUCUGUGAGAGUGAGGAGAUGGUAGCCUUGGGGUCUGGAAUUCAGACUCCGCCGAGCACCUUAGCUCACCACCUUAGCCUUAAGAAUGAGUAGGAACCGUGACACAGCCCGACCUCUGCCCAGGCCAGCCAGGAGGAGGGCAGGGGCAAGGAAAGCAGGAAGCAUGCUCUGGCAGAGCCGAGGCCACUGGGCCCUGCAGGACCCCCGGGAUCAGGGAGCAGGCUCCUGGGGCACCCACUUCCUGCAGCCCAGGCUGUGUUAGGCUCACUCCCUCCUGCCUGGUGUGCGACAUUGGAGGCCAGGAGACUUGCAGGGGCCCCACAGAGAAGGCCCAGCUCCACCUGCCCCAGGAUCCCUCCUGUGAGAACAGAUUGCCGCUCGCAAGGCUCCACGGACUUGCAAGAUUCAGAAUCUGCUCACAGGAGUCCAAAGCCAGUGGCUCAUGCCUGGAAUUCUAGCUACUCAGGAGAUGGAGGUUUGAAGCCAGCCUAGGCAGGAAAGUCCAUGAGACUCUUAUCUCCAAUUAGCAGCAAAAAGCCAGAAGUGGAGGUGUGGCUCAAGUGGUAGAGCACUAGUCUUGAGUGAAAAGGCUGAGUGUGUCCAGGCCCUAAGUUCGAGACCCAGGACUGGCACACACAAAACCUGCCUAGAGGAACAUGCGUUCUCCGCGACCUUCUAGGUACUUGUGGGCACAAAGGAAUGCCAGAGACUUGCUGCCCUGGGACGGAGGAGGGCGGGACGGCUCUGACUGCCUGCUCCCCUCAGGAAGAAAAGGGUGGGCAGGAAGAUCCUCCAGGUUCUCUCACCUGCUGACAGUGCCCCUCUGAGCCUAGAGCCCCCAGGUCCCUCCUGUAACACCCCCUCCCUGCCCUAUGCACCCAGCACUGGCCUUCCAGAAGCUUUCCAGUGUUGGGGCUCACUGGUGGCUCAGCUCGGUGGACAUGCGCUGUGCGUGAAUUCUGGCUCUGAAGGGUCUCACCCGGCCCUGUCUUCCAAAAGGAAAAAAAAAAAAAGAUUCACUUGUUUUGAGCAAUAAAGAAAUACAAAAGGAAAAGGAUGGCCAUUCCCGUGCAGCUUUGUCCUGUGGGCUGAUGAGCCCUGCUACUCUGGGCUCACAGUCUCCUCUCCUUCCUGCUCUCGUUGCCAUGACUGGCUCUGCUCAUCUCUGAGCUGCCCUGCAAGGGGGGGGGGGCAUAUACCCACGAAGUUCCCCCUGUGGGUAAGCUUGCCCAGUGUGGGCACUGCUCCUGUGGCACAAACUCCAGAUUGUGUGCUAAAGCCUCUGGUGGCAGGUAGGCUCCAGGCCUGGCAUCUGGUGAGAAGAUGGGAGGGGGAGGGGACAGAGGAGAGAGCGUGGCACUAUUGGGGUGUCAUCUGCAUGUCAUCUCCUCACUGCACAGUGUGCACUUUGAAACCUUGCAUCUACUCCUGGCAGAUUCAGGAUCCUUGUAGCAAGGCCUUCGGAGUAGACAUUAAGAACCCCUGACUCUGGAAGGGGCCCCACCCCCAGAGGCUUAGGUUGCUGGGCCUGGGUGGUGAAAGGAGUGUGUGCUCACGCACUAUACCUCACCUCUCACACUGACGUAGUCAAGGGUGAGUCGUCUUGGGCUCCAACCUUUGCCCUUCUGGCAUCCCUUGGACUGACCGAUCCCAGGUCCCCUGGGAACUGUGGGAGGGGUCAGACAGCCAGAGUAUUGUGCCAAGGUCCUUCCACGGAGAAGCUGUGCAGGAUGUGUCUUGUGAAGGUGUGAGAUGCCCCCAUCUGACAUACCAAAUAGGGCUCCCACAAAGUGCUCUUUGGGAGAGGCUGGAGGAAGGCCUCACAUGCAGGAAGAUUGCACAGGAACUUUCUAGAAGGCUGAUCUUUUCUCAAAUCACAAACACAUCCCCCAGAAAGAGCCCAAGCUGUUCCAUGAAGCCCAGGAAAUUCUUCCAAUCGUUUACUUUAUGAUGUUUACAUCCGUGUUCACUUUGUAAAAAAGAGAAAACAAGAAAAAUGCAAACUUUGGCUUUUAACAACCUUUUGGAUUUUCCAUGGGACAGUAGAGCUCUCAACUCACCAGCUGGAUUAAAUCCCAAUUUAGCAAUGUAUUUAUGUGUGUUUCCCCUAGCCCCUGCCCUGCCCAGCCCUCUGUCUCUUUCCCUGAUGGCUCUGGCCAUGAUUUUGAUAUUGACAUCUGUUAGCCAAAGACUGAGCCUCUUUUUGGCAGGAACAAUAAGCAAUACUACACAACUUGCUACUUUUAGAAAAGCUGUUUGUUGUUGGUUUUUUCCUUUUCCUUUAGCCUCGGUGAUGACAACAGAGGAAGAAGUGAGCUGCGGUUGGGAAAGCCCUCUGCUGUUAGAGCACACGCUCCCCUGUGCACAUGGUGGGGGGCAAGGUGGACUUGCUUCCUUUAGCUGGCCCAUCUGAGUCUGUGGAGUUCUCCAUAGACAAAGCAAGGGGUCUGUGUGAUUUUCUUCUCUAUAUCCAAUGUUAUAUGAACCAAUUGUAAUUGUUUUAUACUGUGACCAUACACAUUAUGCAAUGCACCAUUGGUUAUUUUGUUUGUUUUUUAUUUCAUUAAAGGCAGUUUAAACU